AUGCCUUCGAAGCGGAGAGGCCGAAGCCAUAGCGAUGCCGACAGAAGCCCAACACCAUCCGCAGAGCGUAAGAGGCAGAAGCACGAAAAAGAUCGAGGCGACAGUUCCGAACUGUGCAUGGCAGAUCUGUCGCGACCAAAAGUCCAGCCAGAAAAUUAUUCUGUCGGUUGGAUAUGCGCUCUAGACAUUGAACUAACUGCCGCGGAGUGUAUGUUAGAUGCGUCACACGGAAGUUGCGAUCAAGAUACCCAUGACAGCAACACAUACGUUCUUGGGAGAAUUGGCGAACAUAACAUUGUUCUGGCCUGUCUCCCUGACGGCGGAGCCGGUAACAACAACGCCGCCAUAGUUGCUACCCACUUGCGUCGAACUUUUCCUUCUAUAACUCUGAUGUUGAUGGUUGGCAUUGGAGGUGGUGUUCCUGGACCGCAUAACCCACGUCUGGGGGACGUGGUGAUAGGUAAUGAGGUCAUUCAAUACGAUCUCGUCAAAAGCUUCGACGAUCAUGUUCAGCUUAAAGGCAUUGCUCGCCGUCCAGAUUCGAAUGUACGCACUGCUUUGACCACGUUCAAGGCUGGUCAUGAAAAGCAUCAGAAGAACAUCUCGAAUAUUUUGCAACGUCUAAAAGAAUACAUUGCACCCGAUCCGGCUUUAGACGUGUUAUUUUGCGGUGACUGUGAGUACUCUCCCGCACAGAAUUGCGAGUUUUGCGACCAGCAAAACCACAGACGACGGGCACCUCGAUCAGCAGAACCUCACAUCCAUUACGGAAGGAUUGCAUCAGGAAACCGGGUUGUAAGAAACGCUAUAGAAAGGGACAGAAUUGCAGAAGAGCUUGAUGUUCUCUGUAUCGAUAUGGAAGCAGCAGGUGUUAUGGACAGCUUCACUUGUUUAUCGAUACGGGGGCUGAGUGACUAUGCGGACUCUCAUAAGAACGAUAUAUGGCAAACACACGCUGCAAAUGCAGCAGCAGCGUGCACAAAGGAAUUCCUUACUGUUGUGCCUUCGAGGACAAUUCCAGGUUCUAUUUCAGCUAGCAAAAACACUUCAAGCUCGGCUCGUCAGCAGCAGCCUACAAUAAUCAUUCGCAACAUAGAAACGGGAAGUUGUAGCCAUCAGUUAUUUGAGACCCAGGAAGGAUCGGUGAUCUCAAAAGUUUCUGCAAAACACAAUUCUGUUCAGGCGUUUGGAUCGAAAGACAUUAUUCAAAUAGCUUCUGGUAUCUGUACGACCCAAAACAUCGAGUCUCCAGACGCCGAUGACUCAACGGAGGAGCUAAUGGAUGAAUGUGCCUCAGCGUAUGCUCGCCGCUGA